UAUAUGUGCAGUCCACUUGAAACCAUCGAUAAGGCCGGUUUGGCCUGAUGCGUUUGACUCAGACGCGCUUGUUUUAAUAUUCGUGAUUAUUUUUACAGUGUAUCUCUCAUGAUAAACUAGUUGCUGACGGUUGCGAAUAAAGAGAUACGAUUAUUAGUGGCAUGUCAACCACGAGCUACGUCGUACUUGCAGACAGGCAAUUAUGGAUCGUUGGCUUGGUAAAACCGCAGUCGUUACCGGUGCUGCAUCCGGCAUCGGCGAAGCAAUUACACGUGCUCUUCUGCAAAACGGAGUGAACGUGGCUGCUCUGGAUGUCCAGAAAGAAAGAUUAGCGAAACUCGAUGCGGACUGCAAGCGAGAAGGUUUCCCGGGCACGUUACAUACUAUAUGCUGCGAUGUAAGUCUCGAGGAUGAGAUUGAUGCAGCAUUCUCACAUAUAGAGACAAUAAGUGGUGUGGAUAUUAUGGUCAACAAUACUGGCAUUUGCGAAUAUUCACGAGUAAUAGAGAGUGACAGGAAGACAUUUGAAAGACUGUUAAAUAUUAAUGUCCUCACAGUCGCCGUAUGUAUUAAUAAAGUGGUGCGUUCGAUGCGUAAUCGAAACGUUGAAGGACAUGUUUUCAAUAUCAACAGUGUUUUAGGCCACUAUUUACCGACGAAUUUGACUUCGGAAUAUGGUUUGUCUGACUUUAAUUUAUAUCCUACUACUAAACAUGGAACUGUCGCUUUGACUCAUACAGUACGACGAGAACUAGCAACAGUUAAAGCUCCUAUUCGAAUUACCAGCAUUAGUCCUGGUCUCGUAAAAACGAGUAUAUGUGAGCAUUCGGAGGCACUCAAUAAUUUUUUUGAUAAAGUACCAGCUCUUCGACCGAAAGAUGUAGCAGAUGCACUCAUUUAUGCUCUUGGGACGCGACCAGAAGUUCAGAUUACGGAGCUUACCAUCCAGCAUACUGGGGAAUUUCCGUAAGAAUAUUUUCAAUAAGUGUUCUUGAUACCUUUGCAACUCUACAAAAAACUCUCGUAAAGAUUAUGCUUUCAUAUUGCGUUGCAUUCUUUUUUUCUAUAAAUGUAAAAGAUAUAAAUUUUUUAUAUCUAAGUUGUUUUCUUUUUUUUUAAUAUAAUAUUGUCUAUGUUUUACUGAUAGUUUUUAUGAUGAGAAUUAUUUUUAAUGUAAUGUUCAUAUUUGUAACUAAAUAACUAGAAGCUAAAAAUAAUAAAUGCAAUAAAAUCUGAAAUUU